AUGCAGACCCCUUCCCUCAUUCAGGUCCUCGCUGCUGCCCUGGCAGCCUCGACGGCUGUCUCGGGCUUCCAGGCCCCAAGCACCAAUUCAGUCGCUCGUAGGGCUGUUGCCGCAGCUGCCGCUCUUGCUGUUCCUGCCAUGGCGGCUCCUCUUGAUGAGGGAGCAAACAUAGUUGAACUUGCCGCACGCGAGCCCGCCAAAGGAAAGAAAGGCAAGAAGGGGAAGAAGGCCAAGGGUGCCGCCGCCGCCGCCCGUGCAGUCGAUGAGGAAGAUGAAGAUGAAGACGAUGUGACGACCCUCGAGAGCCGCGAACCGGCCAAGAAGAAGAAGGGCAAGAAGGGGAAAACCGGUGCUGCUGCCGCCGCUCGUGACGUCGCCGAUGAUGACGACGAAGCUGACGAUGACGCUGAGCUCGAGAAGCGCCUUCCGGCCAAAGGGAAGAAGGGCAAGAAAGGCAAGAAAGCCAAGGGAGCAGCAGCUGCUGCCCGCGAUGUCGAUGACGAUGAUGUCGAGGAUGACGGAGACAUCACGAAGCGAAGCCCCGCUAAGAAGAAGGGCAAGAAGGGCAAGAAGGCGAAGGCGGCCAACUAG